AUGUAUUCUCUAAUUUUUUUAGUCUACAAUUUUCUCCAUGUGGCAUCCCAUCGAUAGACAUCUCCUACUAGUAGAAUCAUUAAGGAAGUGAUUAAUGAAGAACAAUAUUCUACUAAUGUCAAUUCUUCUUUCUUACUUCAAUUUGCAAAGUAUGUAUUAAAAUCAUUAGUUACUUUGACAUUAUUGAAAUAUCAUUAUCGUCCUUAAAUUAAGAAAAAAUUAUUUAAGUAACUAAAGAUGAUCUGUAAAAUUCUCAUUUAAGUCAUGGAUGUCGACCUUAUGAUAGAGAAAUAUAGUAUAAAAAAUUAUUUCAUUUCAUUCCAUUAUUUGAUAAUGAAACAAUCGAAACUAUCCAAGGUAACUUGAGUUCACUCUACUCAUCUACUUAGAAUAUAUUUAUCGUAAGAAGCGAUCUCAAGUUGUUCAUAAUGAAAAUUUUAUAUGACUAAGAGCUAUAAGAGAUUAUCAAUUUGUAAAAUGUAACUCACAUAAACUUAAAUUCAGUUCUAACUAAAUAGCCUGGAACUUAAUAAAUAUAAGAUCCUGUACUCAAAUGUUAUGAAAAUGACAUUAAGAUUGUAUAUUGUUAUGUGUUGACAUAACUUGGUACAAUACAUUUUUAAUAUAACUAAGAUGAGUAAAUUAUGUUAACAUAUGAAGAAAUAAAAUUUUGAUUGUUAAAAAAGUGACAGUAGAAUUAAGUUCUAAAGUGUUGGAUGUCUAUUUGGAGAAUCAAAAUAGAUUGCUAUUAGUUUUGAGCUAAAGAGAGGUUUUAGUGUUUUAAUCACUUCUUGAUGGAAAUUUAACUUUAAUUUAAAAAUUGUAACCGAUUCAAGAAGUCAAUCUGCUGCAAGUUAAGACAAAUGAAAAUGGAACGCAUAUCUUUAUUCUAGACCAACAAUAUGGCAUUUUUAUAUAUUAAAUUGAUAAAUCUGAUGGUGAAAUAACUCUGAGUGAACAGAAUAUAUAGAUUAAAGGGGGUAGAGCAUUUGAUAUUUCUGGGAAUAGAAUGUUUAUUCUAUUGGAAACAGAGGAUGAACUUCCAUAUGUGUUAGAGUUAUUUUAUGAUUUAGAAAAGAGAGAACAUUAUUUGAAUAAGAUUACAUCGUAUGAGUAAGAAGUAUACGAUUUGUAUGUGGGUGAGAAAUUAACCAUUUUAAUAGGGAAUGAUUUGCACUCAAUUAUUGAAAACUCAAUUUAUCAUAGGUUUUAUGAAAAUGAAAAUGAAAAAGAGUACUAUUUCAAUUAAGUUGACUUAAUUUAGGUGGAUAGUUUGAAAUUGCCUUGGGGUAAAUAAAUACAAUUGGGUUAUCCCUUUGAAAGUGGACUCUUUUCGUCUAUGAUGCUAUAGUAUGAGGAAUCGUAUAUGGUAUCAAUUUCAGGGAAGGAGGUUAACGUAUUUGUAUUGAAAUCGGUAUCUCCUUGGAUUUUAUGCUUGGCUGAGAAUACUAGAAAAGAAGUAUGAAAUGUUUAGAAUGUAGUUUUAUUAAUUGAGAAUGAAGGCUUAGAAAUGCCCAUCUAUGAACUUUGAGAAUGAGAACCCUUUCAUUAUAUGUGAAUCCAAUAGAAAUUUUAGUUUCUAGGGGUUGGAAAUAUAUUUAUAUGAAGAAAAUUCGAAAUUAUUCUUGGCCAUUAUAGUAAUUGUAAUAUUAACAAUAAUCGGCUUAUCGAUUAUAUUGUUGUUUUAUAAAAAUAGAUAUUAAUAACUCAAUACUUUGGAGGAGUAAGGAAGCAUUGAGAUAGAUAAGGGAAAGGAAAGUGGAUUAAAUACAGAGAACCUGCCAACAAUAGUAUGA